GGAAGUAGGAGGUGACUUUUAUUUUGUACGAUUUUGCAUUCCUUGUGUGGACAAAAGAAAGACACACUGACUGAACCAAAGGUCAUUUACAUACGGAAUAGGCUACCCAACCUGAUCAACUGAAAAAUGUCUAAACUACAGUUGUUGCGUUUAUUUUUAAAUGAGCGUUUAACGGAGUCUGCUGCUGUGGAGAUUUUCGAAGCAGUUGAGAAAGCGGUAGCGGAGUACCAGGAGGAGAAUGAUCGGCUACGGAGACUGCUGCGGUUCACACCAGAGAUAAAACUAUGUAGAAUAGACUCCCUGCAGUUCUCUCUUGCUGUCUCUGAAGAGGAGGUUCCCCCUGAGCAGCAYCACUGUGAGCAGGAGUGGAGCUCKGGUCUGGGGCAYGAGGACCCAGAGCCCACACAGAUCAAAGAGGAACAGGAGGAGUUCCGGAUCAGUCAAGAGGAAGAGCMGCUUCAAGGGUUGGAGGCUGAUAUCACAGAGUUCAAAUUCCCUCCUACCUGUGUGAAAAAUGAAUGUGAUCAGGAGGACCCACUUCAGUCCAUMACUGAACAGACUAUGGCGAACAGAGAGAGUGACUCCAAACCAGUGGAUCUCAAACCUUUUGGGACUGUGACCCACCUAAAGGGUCUCGACAUUCCCUUUGACCCUCCAGAUAGUCAAAACAAUGCCUCCAGUCACAGCUCUGCUACAAGCAGCGACCAAGUAGGACUUAACAGCAGCCCACCAUUGGAUCUAAUUGUGCACAAACUGGCUCACACUGGAGAGAAACWGUUUAGCUGUGGMGACUGUGGGAAAAGCUUCAGUCAYAAGGAACACCUUGGGAACCACAUACGCAUUCACACAGGAGAGAAACCGUUUAGCUGUGGUGACUGCGGGAAAAGCUUCACUGUCAAGGGGAACCUAACUGUGCACAAACUGGCUCACACUGGAAAGAAACCAUUUAGUUGUGGUGACUGCGGGAAAAGCUUCUAUCAGAGCCAGGAACUAACUGCGCAUAUACGGACUCACACUGGGGAGAAAUCGUUUAGCUGUGGUGACUGUGGGAAAAGGUUUUAUCACAAGAUCACUCUAAACCGACACGUUCAGACUCACACAGGAGAGAAACCAUUUAUCUGUGGCGACUGUGGGAAAAGGUUUUAUCACAAGAUUACUCUAAACCGACACGUUCAGACUCACACAGGAGAGAAACCYUUUAUAUGUGGCGACUGUGGGAAAAGCUUCAGUCAGAAGGAACACCUAGGGAACCAUACACUGACUCACACAGGAGAGAAACCGUUUAGCUGUGGAGACUGUGGGAAAAGCUUCAGGCAGAAGGGGACCUUAAAUACACAUAAACUGACUCACACGGGAGUGAAAUCAUUUAGCUGUGGAGACUGUGGGAAGAGCUUCAUUCUGAAGGGGUCCCUAAAAAUGCAUAAACUGACUCACACAGGUGAGAAACCAUUUAUAUGUGGCGACUGCGGGAAAGGCUUCUAUCUGAAGGGAGACCUAGGUAAGCAUAUACUGACUCACACAGGMGAGAAACCAUUUAGCUGUGGAGACUGCGGGAAAKGCUUCAGGCAGAAGUCGGCCCUAAAGACGCACACACUGACUCAUACCGGAGUGAAGCCAUUUCACUGUGGAGACUGUGGGAAGAGAUUCAGUCAGAAUGGGGCCCUAAAGAAGCAUUUAUUGACUCACACAGGAGUGAAAUCAGUGUAGCUGUGGGGACUGUGGAGAAWGCUUCUAUCAGAAAAGACACCUAACUGAACAUAUUCAGACUCACCCAGGAGUUAAACAACAUGACUGC